AUGCCUAACAUCCUCAUAUCAUGGUUCAUGCUCAACCUUCAAAUGGCCUCUCAAUCUGCACAUACUAUGAAUCCCUCCUCUGGGUUCAUUACUGAAGAACUGUAUGCACAGACAAGAAGCAGAAACUUUGAGACAAGUCUUGUUGGAGACAUGGAUGGACCUCUUGCCUAUGGUUUAUCUUUACCAAGGGAUGUUGAGUGCUGCAUGGAGGAGGAUGAUUUGCCCAGGUCAACUAGUAGUAUUUCGCCAGCCAACGAGGACAUCGAGCUAGUCGAAAUUAGACGGGAAGGACUAGCAGAUGAAAUGCUACACGAAGGCGGUCAUGUCGACAAUGCGUGA